AUGGAGUUUUACUUGGAAAUCGACCCUGUCACCUUGAACCUGAUCAUCUUGGUGGCCAGCUACGUCAUCCUGCUCCUGGUCUUCCUCAUCUCCUGUGUGCUCUAUGACUGCCGAGGCAAGGACCCCAGUAAGGAGUGCGCCCCUGAGAGCCCCGGCGAUACCCAGACCUCGAUCCGCUUGGUGGUGAUGCAGCAAGGGGCUCCAGGGGCCCACUGGGCAAGGGAGACCAGCCUUCAUUUUGGGGACCCUGCUCUUCCGGGGAAGAAAAGCACAGUGGUGUGA